ACCGUAGUACUCCACUUCUCACGAAACAAUGCUAUUAAACAUUUCUUCUUCUCCAAUCUCUCAUCGAAACCCUCACUUCCUCUCCAAUUUCAACAACCCCAUCUCUUAUUUCCCUCGGCGAUCCAAAACCCAUCUCUCAAAAUCUCAUCUUUUUCCCAAGUUCACUCCUUUAUCGAACCAGACUCUCAAAAACAGAGUCUUGUUCGGAAACAAGAGGUGCCCAGAUGGAGAAAGGUUUGAUUUUAGAGCAAGAGCAAUCUCUGGGAUUGAUUUGGGAAGCUUUGAAUCUGUUCUUGAAGCUAUUGCUGUUCUCACUACGAUCAUCGUUGUUCAUGAAUCAGGUCAUUUCCUAGCGGCUUCUCUUCAAGGGAUCCAUGUGAGUAAAUUCGCAAUUGGGUUUGGUCCGAUUCUAGCUAAGUUCGAUUACAACAAUGUUGAGUAUUCGCUUAGGGCUUUUCCUUUAGGUGGGUUUGUUGGUUUCCCUGAUAAUGAUCCAGACAGUGGGAUUCCUAUUGAUGAUGAGAAUCUGCUUAAGAACAGACCAACUCUAGAUAGAUCGAUUGUUGUUUCAGCUGGAAUUAUCGCUAAUGUGAUCUUUGCUUAUGCUAUAAUUUUUGUUCAAGUGUUAUCUGUUGGUUUGCCUGUACAAGAAGCGUUUCCUGGUGUUCUUGUUCCUGAAGUUAAGACCUUUUCUGCUGCUUCUCGUGAUGGGUUGCUUUCGGGCGAUGUAAUACUCGCUGUGGACGGUACUGAACUGUCUAGAACCGGGCCUGAUGCUGUUUCGAAGAUUGUUGACAUUGUUAAAAGAAACCCGAAGAGUGAUGUGGUGUUUAGAAUCGAGAGAGGGAAUAAAUAUUUCGAUAUUCGGGUUACACCGGAUAAGAACUUUGAUGGGACGGGGAAGAUUGGUGUUCAGUUGUCUCCAAAUGUUAGAAUCACUAAGGUGAGACCGAGGAACAUUCCGGAAACGUUUAGAUUCGUGGGAAGGGAGUUUAUGGGGCUAUCGUCUAAUGUUUUGGAUGGUCUAAAACAAACGUUCUUCAACUUCUCUCAAACAGCAAGUAAAGUAGCAGGCCCUGUGGCGAUUAUUGCAGUGGGAGCAGAAGUGGCAAGAUCAAAUAUCGACGGGCUUUACCAAUUUGCAGCGUUGCUGAAUAUCAACCUUGCGGUGAUCAAUCUCUUGCCAUUGCCGGCUCUUGAUGGUGGAACUUUGGCAUUGAUAUUGUUGGAAGCGGUUAGAGGAGGGAAGAAGCUUCCUGUAGAGGUAGAACAAGGGAUAAUGUCUUCAGGGAUCAUGCUUGUGAUAUUCCUUGGAUUGUUUCUCAUCGUUAAGGACACACUUAGCCUUGAUUUCAUCAAAGAAAUGUUGUAGUUAUCUCUUUGAGGAGGAAGAGAGAAACUUUAGUGUGAAGAGGUUGAGAGUUUAGAUCAAAUUUGGUUAUCCAACACAAACACAUGGUGAUGAAUUUAUGGUACAUAUUCAUGUAAUAGUUCUACUCUUGUUAUCCAUUUAUAAAAGAUGUGUUUGUGA